CUGUCCCUGGGCCUGCUUGGGAAGGGUCUGUUGACACCGGUCUCUCCUUGUCGGGAAUCUGGGUUGUCUGGGGGAGGAGACACGACACGCACGUUCCCGGCCGUUGAGAGAGCGUUGCUUUGGGCUCCGAGAGCCCGCGGGGACCUACGGUCGCUCCGUGUUGCACAAAAAUGGAGAAUCGGCAACGGUUACAAAAGAAGGAUGGCUCCAAGGUGCCUGACCCCACGACGCCUCAGACGAAGGGGAAGCCGAGGCUCUUGUUGAUGGGCCAGAGGAGAAGCGGCAAGUCGUCUAUAUCCAGCGUUGUAUUCCAUAAGCUGCCUCCGAGCGAAACCCUGUUUCUCGAGUCAACGGCCCGGAUCCAGAAGGACAGCUUAAACUCUUUUAUGGAAUUCCAGGUGUGGGACUUCCCGGGGCAGAUCGACAUCUUCGACAACCCAAACUUUACGUUCGACAUGGAUGCCAUCUUUGGGGAGAUUGGCGCGCUGAUAUGGGUCAUUGACGCGCAAGACGACUACCUCGAGGCUGUCGCGCGGCUCAACUCGACCAUCCUGCACCUUUACCGUAGCUACCCGCAUAUCAACAUUGAGGUCUUCAUUCACAAGGUCGACGGCCUCAGCGACGACUACCGGCUCGACAUCCAGCGCGACGUGACCAUCCGCAUACAGGACGAGCUCUCAGACCAGGGUGUCGAGAACGCACCCGUCAAUUUCCACCUAACCUCCAUCUACAACCACAGCAUCUUCGAGGCCUUCAGCAAAGUCAUACAAAAGCUGAUCCCGCGCCUCGGCCAGCUCGAGGCCAUGCUCACCAACCUGUGCCGCACCUGCCGCUUUGAGAAGGCCUACCUAUUCGAUGUGAAUACCAAGAUCUACAUCGCGACCGACAACACGCCCGAGGACAUGGCCAGCUACGAGAUCUGCUCCGACUACGUCGACGUCAUCAUAGAUUUUACGGAGGUCUAUGGCUCCUGGCCGCGGUCGCAGCAGUGGCGCGAGAGGCUCGAGGGCGAGCCCUGGGCGCAGCCGCUCGAGGAGCAAGUCGCCUGCGAGUGGGCCGAGAGCGGCAUGGUGCUGGCGGACGCGCGCCGGCCGAUCAUGCUGAGAGAGGUCGAUCGGUUCUUGGCCCUCGUGGCCAUCAUGAAGGAGGGGUCGUACGACAAGAUGCCGCAGAUCAACAUGAACGUGGACGUGGUCGUCAAGGGCCUGACCGAGUUCUUUGAGAUCACCAAGCCGAAGGAGGUGGUCGGUCCGGCCCAGGGACUGGCGAGUCCUUGAUUUCGCUCAGGGGGUGAAAAAUUGGGUUCGGCCUCUGGAUCGACGGGGGUCGUAUAUAUGUUUCCGUCUGGACAGACCAGAGAUACUUGUUCGAUGAAGGUGUCCUGCGACAGGCUACUAUCAACCCCCUGAAAAGGAAGAGCAGAGAUAUCAC